AUGGAUUCAACAGACAAUGUCAAUAGUGCCACCAAAAAAAAAGGAAAAUUUAUAGUCUUUGAGGGCCUUGAUAGAUCAGGAAAAUCUACUCAAUCCAAACUCCUGGUGGAACAUUUGAGGAAUAAAAAUGUACAAGUCAAACAUUUGUGCUUUCCCAAUAGGGAAACGCCCACUGGACAAAUAAUAGCAAAGUAUUUAAAAAUGCAGAACGACAUGCCAAGUGAAACGAUCCAUUUGUUAUUCUCAGCAAACCGAUGGGAACUAAUGGGUGAAAUUCAACGUUUACUGUCCAAUGACGUGUGGGUCGUUUGCGAUAGAUAUGCCUAUUCUGGUGUGGCUUAUUCUGCUGGAGCCCUGAAAUUAUCCAAAACGUGGUGCAUGAAUCCAGAUCAAGGUCUAAUAAAACCGGACAUCGUUUUUUACCUGAACGUGCCUCCAAAUUACGCAAAAAACAGAUCAGAAUAUGGUGAAGAAAUAUAUGAAAAGAUCGAAGUACAAAAGAGAAUUUAUGAAACUUACAAAAAUUUUUAUCAAGAACAUUAUUGGAUUAAUCUUGAUGGAACCAAAAAAAUAGACGACAUACACACUGACAUUCUUAAAGAGAUAUUAAAGUUGGAUACAAUCAAGGAAGAAGAAUUUACCUUCUUGUGGCCUUAG